AAAUACCUGCUCAACUCCCGAUCCCUCCUCUUGUCUAUUGUUUUUACGAAAAAUCCCUAUUCCUUCGGGGCGAUAAUCCUUAAUUUCGUUCAAAUUCUCUAGCGAGUUGCUUCUCAUCCGUUCAAUCUAUCACCUGAGAAAUCAGCUUUUUCCCUCACUUUCUGGCAUCUCAUCAUAAUUCUCGAGGUUUAAUCAAUCCAUCUACGACAGAAUCAUGAAUCCUGAAUACGAUUAUUUGUUCAAGCUUUUGCUAAUUGGGGAUUCGGGAGUCGGCAAAUCUUGUCUACUUCUGAGGUUUGCUGAUGAUUCAUAUCUGGAGAGCUACAUCAGUACCAUUGGAGUUGACUUUAAAAUCCGCACUGUGGAGCAGGAUGGGAAAACUAUUAAACUCCAAAUUUGGGACACAGCUGGGCAAGAACGUUUUAGGACAAUUACAAGCAGCUACUAUCGAGGAGCCCACGGUAUUAUUGUUGUUUAUGAUGUCACGGACCAAGAGAGCUUCAACAAUGUCAAACAAUGGUUGAGUGAAAUUGAUCGCUAUGCAAGUGAAAACGUGAAUAAGCUACUUGUUGGUAACAAGAGUGACCUCACAGCAAACAAAGUUGUCUCUUAUGAGACUGCAAAGGCAUUUGCUGAUGAAAUUGGCAUCCCUUUCAUGGAGACAAGUGCUAAAAACGCCACAAAUGUUGAGCAGGCUUUCAUGGCCAUGGCUGCUGAAAUCAAGAAUAGGAUGGCAAGCCAACCGGCAAUGAACAAUGCAAGGCCUCCAACUGUGCAGAUUCGAGGACAGCCUGUCAAUCAGAAGUCUGGUUGCUGCUCUUCUUAAAGGGGAAUAUGUUUUAGUGGGCUUAUGAUAUUAACCAUGUUCUUUGCGGCAUGUAAAACUAGUUCUUUUUUAAUGCUUAGAUAAGAAAUUUAUUUGUUGUGGUUUUUGUUCUUCUCAGUUGUUCAACACUGUUAAAACCUCCAUUCUUUUAAAUGUAAUUUUAUUUAAAGAAACAUUUGUACAGACUAGGAAUAUUGGUGAAUACCAGUAUUUAUCUUAUUCUGUUUGUGUCCA